AAAAUUUAAGUGCAUUAAGUGAAAUUGUAAAAGCAUCAAAAACAAACUGCAAAAUGAAUGUGGAAGAAUUCCGUAAAUAUGGCAAGGAAGUGAUCGAUUAUAUAUGCGAAUAUGGCAGCAAUAUUGAAGAGCGCGAUGUGGCGCCCACACUGGAUCCUGGAUAUUUGAAAAAACUGUUGCCAGCUGACGCGCCCCAAUCACCAGAAUCGUUUAAAGAUGUGCUCGAGGACUUUGAGCAGAAGAUAAUGCCAGGCGUCGUGCACUGGAAUCAUCCCAAAUUCUUUGCUUACUUCCCAUCGGGCAACAGUUUUCCCUCGGUACUGGGCGAUUUGCUGAGCAGUGCCAUUGGCUCCAUCGGCUUUAGCUGGGCCAGUUGCCCGGCUGCCGCGGAGCUGGAGACAAUCGUAAUGAAUUGGUAUGCCAAGGCAUUGGGUCUGCCCAAGGCCUUCAUAUCAGACGCACCGGGCAGCACUGGCGGCGGCGCCCUGCAGGGCUCAGCUUCGGAAUGUGUGCUCGUGUCCCUGAUUACGGCACGUGCGAGGGCCAUCAACGAGCUGAAGGGGCAUACGAGCGUCCACGACAGCGUCUUUCUGCCCAAUCUGAUUGCCUAUGCCAGUCGCGAGGCGCACUCCAGCGUGGAGAAGGCCACCAAAAUGGCGCUGGUGAAGCUGCGCAUUAUUGAUGCCGAUGAACGCGGUCGGAUGCGCGUGGAUCUACUCCAGCAGGCCAUACAGAAUGAUGUGAAUGCCGGAUUGACGCCCUUCUUUGUGGUGGCCACAGUGGGCACCACCGGUGGCUGUGCCUUCGACGAUAUCUCCGAGAUCGGCAAGGUGUGCCGACAGGUGUCCAGCAUUUGGCUGCAUGUGGAUGGCGCCUAUGCAGGCAACUCUUUCAUACUGCCAGAGAUGCGUGUGUUCUCCGCUGGCUUGGAGUACGCCGACUCAUUCAACACAAAUCCCAACAAGUUGCUUCUGACCAACUUCGAUGCCUCUGCUCUGUGGGUGCGGGAUGUGAUGGUACUAAAGAGCGCGCUCAAUGUGAAUCCCUUGUACCUGAGGCACGAGCACAUAAAUGGCGUGGACUACAGACACUAUGGCAUUCCCCUGAGUCGUCGCUUUCGUGCGCUUAAAUUGUGGUUCGUCUUUCGCACAUAUGGCGUGAAGGGACUGCAGGAGUACAUACGCAAUCACAUGGUGUUGGCCAAGAAAUUCGAGAUGCUGGUGCGCAAGGACGAACGCUUCGAGGUGCGCAACGAUGUGCACUUGGGUCUGGUGUGCUUCCGCAUGCGCACCGGCGAUGAGCCCAAUCAUCUGCUCCUGGCACAGAUCAAUCAUUCAGGCAGGAUGCACAUGACGCCGGCUAAAUUCAAUGGGCGCUAUGUGAUACGCUUCUGUGUGACGUAUGAGCAUGCCACAGAGAAGGAUAUACUGGAUGCCUGGUCUCAGAUCAAAGGCUUUGCGGAGGAAAUACUGCGCGAUGUUCAGCUGGAGAUCAGCUCGGCGCCGACCACACCCGAAACAGAACGCACCAGCUCAGAGCCCGUGGGGCCGGUUUCCGGCAAGCCGCCCAUCAAGAAGAAGCUCACGCGAACCAAGUCAUUGCGUUUCUCGUUUACGCGCAGCAUAUCGCGGGAACAGUUCCAGAGUCAAAGCGAACAUCUUAUGGAUGGAUGUACACCUAUUUUGGUGGUGGAUCCCAAAACGAUACAGCAAAACUUUCAACAGGCGACAGAGGAUAAUCAAAAUAAUAAUAAUACAAAGCUUAAGGAUAUAUCUGACGUGGACACAGAUGAGGCGAGCAAUUGAGGGAUGUGCAAAUAUGUAAAUAGUAUUAGCUGUGUUUCUAUUGAAGUUUAGCUACGAGCUGCAAUGAGGCCUGCACCUAGAAUCGAACGAUUUGAAUUUGAAUAGUUUUUAAGCCGCGCUUUUAAUUUU